AUGGACAAUGGUCUGAUUGCUGAUAGUUUACUACAGGCCUACAAACAGCUCCAAUCGCCCAACUUCCCUACUCUACACUUUGUUAAUGCAAGUGUAUUUAAUUCGUCUCCUUCUCUCAUUGAACAAGAAGUUGUCAAUGGCCACUACUGGGGUGCCAUUUACACCAAUGUUAAUGUCUCGAAUCAAUUAACUGAUGCUAUCACUAAUGGUGGAUCGGCUGCCGCUAUGUAUAAACCUGCAAAUGCCAUAGUGUACAUUUGGGAUGAAGUCCGGUACCCGGUAUUUGCUGACAUGGUUAUCGGUAAUAGUAUGACCACUCUUGUUACCCAGAGCAAAGCUGCUUUUAAUAAACUUUACGGUGCCAAAAUGAUCCAAUCUUUAAAGCAAGGAGACGAAGCUGCUUUGCAGACUCUUUUGAAUCCUAUUGGAGCCAGUGAUCAUAACCUGCAACCUAUGCUUCAAGGUCCAAGAAUGCUCUAUAACAGCAUAUCUGUCGCAAUGAUGAUAUUGCAACAAUUCUUCAUGGUUCUUGGUCCUCAUAUUAUGGCUCUGAAUCUAGGUUUGUACAAAACAAUGAGUUGGCAACGACUAGCUGUAAUGCGAUUCUUGUUUGCCAUUGUGUCUACUUUCUUUUGUGGUCUCACUGUAGCAGGCUAUUAUUGGGCUUUUCGAGAGUCAUGGAGUGUUAACGCUAAUCAAUUUGUUUUGACUUGGAUGGUCAUCUGGCUAGUUACUCUGGUCUAUCAUCUAUUCUUAUAUGCCGUUUCAUGUUUUUUACCACUCUUGUAUAUGCCGCUUGUGUUGGUGACAUUUAUUCAUAUCAAUGUCACCAGUACUGUUUCUCCUUUUGAUAUUAAUCCUGGUUUCUACCGGUGGGCCUAUGCCCUACCUGGCUACGAAGCAUAUUCAGUAAUGACUGAUAUCUGGUCAGGUGGCCGUGUUCGGGUGCUCUAUAGAGCACUUCCAAUUCUCUUUAUUUGGGUAGUAGUUACAUCGCUGUGCUGUGUCUAUUUCCAUCGACGGAUGUGCAUCAAGCUGGCAAAGGUGGGUCCUCCUAGUACUACCUCUCCUCCUACUAAUGCUCCUCCGCAGGAUCAAGUCACUCCUGUAACUUCUUCGGAAAUAAAAUCGGAAAGUUGA